CCUGUGGAUCCCGAGUGGAGCCGGCCGCCGCGAGAGUGCCCUGAGCCCGUGGAGUCGCCGCGCCCCGCAGCCGCCCAGGCUGGUCCCCCGCCUUGAGUGUGGGUCCCGUGGGAAUGGGGAGUCGCUGGGCCCUGGGCCAGCCGCGGGCCGGCCUCUGCCUGCUCCUGGUGUCUCUGCAGCUUCUCCCCCGGACGCAGGCCGACCCUGUGGAUGUGCUGAAGGCCCUGGGCGUGCGGGGGGGCCAGGCUGGGCUCCCCGAGGGUCCCGGCCUCUGCCCCCAGAGGGUCCCGCAGGGCGACCGGGCAUUCAGGGUGGGCAAGGCCAGCACGCUCAGUGUCCCCACGUGGGAGCUCUUUCAAGCCGAGCACUUUCCCGAGAGCUUCUCCGUGCUGAUCACUCUGCGUGGCCGGCCAGCCAACCAGUCUGUCCUUCUAUCCGUCUACAAUGAGGCCGGUGUCCGGCAGCUGGGCCUGGCGUUGGGGCCAGCUCUGGACCUCCUAGGUGACUCCUUCAGCCCCCUCCCCCAGCAGGUCAACCUCACGGAUGGCAGGUGGCACCGUGUGGCGGUCAGUGUGGAUGGUGGGAUGGUGACCCUGGUGGCUGACUGUGAACCUCAGCCCCCCGUAUUGAGCCAGGGACCUCGAAUCAUCAGCAUGGCUGGACUUACUGUGCUGGGGACCCAGGACCUCGGGGAGGAGACUUUUGAGGGAGAUAUUCAGGAGCUGCUGAUAAGCUCAGAUCCUCAGGCUGCCUUCCGAGCCUGUGAGCAGUACCUUCCUGGCUGCGACGACCUGGAUCCUGGAGCCACAGGGGUACCCCAGCGGGAGCCAGAAACCCCUCCCCGUCGGCGGAAGGGGAAGGGAAAAGGGAAGAAAAAAGGGCGAGGUCGUAAGGGGAAGGGCAGGAAGAAGAAGAACAAGGAAGUUUUGGCCCUGAGCCCACCUCCCGUCUCCCUGGAGAACCAGACCUCCACUGACAUCCCCAAGACAGAGACACCAGCUCCAACUCUGCCUCCAACUCCCGCGCCUUUGGUCAUCACCACGACUGUGGCCAUUGGCAGCAACGUCACCGUCCUAGAGGAGAGCUUGGACCCCGACAAUGGAACUGAACUGGAGACCGUGGAGACUGAGUUAGCCAGAGAAGAAGAAGAAGAAGGUGGUCCCACCAUGGGCCCCCACUUCCGGGCAGCAGAACAGUCAUGGAGGACUGAGUUGCAGAUCUUUCCUGGCGCUGGGGAGAAGGGAGAAAAAGGAGAACCGGCCGUGAUUGAACAGGUGAGGGGCCUGGGGCUGGAGGACGUGGCGGGGUCUGUGCUAGAAUGGGGGUCACACUUAUUUCUCCCCCAGGGACAGCAGUUUGAAGGACUUCCAGGAGGCCCAGGACCCCAAGGGGUGGUUGGCCCCUCAGGUCCUCCUGGCCCGCCAGGAUUCCCUGGGGACCCUGGUCUACCGGGCCCCGCUGGCCUCCCAGGAAUCCCUGGAGUUGAUGGGAUCCGGGGUCUACCAGGCACUGUGAUCAUGAUACCGUUCCAGUUUGCAAGAGGCUCCCUCAAAGGACCCCCAGUCUCCUUCCAGCAGGCCCAGGCUCAGGCAGUCCUGCAACAAGCUCAGCUCUCUAUGAAAGGCCCCCCUGGCCUGGUGGGGCUCACUGGGCGCCCAGGCCCCGUGGGUCUCCCUGGGUAUCCAGGUCUAAAAGGAGAGAUGGGAGAAAUGGGGCCACAGGGCCCCCGAGGACUUCAGGGACCUCGUGGACCCCCUGGCAGACAGGGAAAGAUGGGCCGCCCUGGAGCAGAUGGGGCUCGAGGCCUCCCAGGGGACACAGGACCUAAGGGUGAUCAGGGCUUUGACGGCUUGCCAGGGCUGCCUGGAGAGAAGGGCCAGAGGGGUGACUUUGGUCAUGUGGGGCAACCUGGCCCCCCAGGAGAGGAUGGUGAGAAGGGAGCAGAGGGACCUCCGGGGCCCACCGGCCAGGCUGGGGAGCCGGGCCCCCGAGGACUGAUUGGUCCUAGAGGCUCCCCUGGCCCCUUGGGACGCCCGGGUGUAGUUGGAAGUGACGGUGCUCCAGGUGCCAAAGGAAAUGUGGGUCCUCCAGGAGAACCAGGCCCCCCAGGACAGCAGGGAAAUCCCGGGUCCCAGGGAAUCCCCGGCCCCCAGGGACCCAUUGGCACUCCUGGGGAGAAGGGUCCCCCUGGGAACCCAGGAAUUCCAGGCCUCCCAGGAUCUGAUGGCCCUCUGGGUCACCCAGGUCAUGAGGGCCCAACAGGAGAGAAAGGGGCCCAGGGUCCAGCAGGGUCGGCAGGCCCUCCGGGCUAUCCUGGACCUCGGGGUGUGAAGGGUACCUCUGGCAACCGGGGCCUCCAGGGGGAGAAAGGAGAGAAGGGAGAGGAUGGCUUCCCAGGCUUCAAGGGUGAUGUAGGGCUUAAAGGCGAUUGGGGGCAACCCGGACCCCCAGGUCCUCGGGGAGAGGAUGGUCCUGAAGGGCUGAAGGGGCAGGUGGGGCUUCCUGGUGAGGAGGGGCCCCCAGGCUCAGCUGGGGAGAAGGGCAAGCUUGGGGUGCCGGGUCUCCCAGGUUACCCAGGACGUCCAGGCCCUAAGGGAUCUAUUGGCUUUCCCGGGCCCCUGGCACCAUUAGGAGAAAAAGGGAAGCGGGGGAAGGCUGGGCAGCCAGGCCUGGAAGGAGAGCGGGGACCACCAGGCUCCCGUGGAGAGAGGGGGCAACCAGGUGCCACAGGGCAACCAGGCCCCAAGGGUGAUGUGGGCCAGGACGGAGCCCCUGGGUUCCCUGGAGAAAAGGGCCUCCCAGGUCUGCAAGGCCCUCCUGGGUUCUCUGGACCAAAGGGUCCCCCUGGCCCCCAAGGGAAAGACGGGCAACGUGGGCACCCUGGACCUAGAGGAGAAUUGGGCUUCCAAGGUCAGACAGGCCCACCUGGACCAGCUGGUGUCGUGGGUCCUCAGGGAAAGACGGGAGAAGCAGGGCCUCUGGGUGAGAGGGGGCCCCCAGGCCCCCCUGGAUCUCCUGGUGAACAAGGUCUUCCGGGCCUGGAAGGCAGAGAGGGGGCCAAGGGGGACCUGGGACCACUGGGACCCUUUGGGAAGGAAGGGCCACCUGGACACAGGGGCUUCCCUGGUCCCCAAGGAGCCCCCGGGGACCCAGGACCUACUGGUUUGAAGGGUGACAAGGGCCCCCCUGGCCCCGUCGGGGCUAACGGCUCCCCUGGGGAGCGUGGUCCUGUAGGCCCAGCAGGGGGCAUUGGACUUCCUGGCCAAAGUGGAGGCCAAGGUCCUGUUGGCCCUGCAGGCGAGAAGGGGUACCCGGGUGGACGCGGCCCCCCUGGUCCCACUGGCAAAGACGGGAUCCCAGGGCCCCUGGGGCUUCCUGGAUCCCCUGGAGCUGUGGGGCCUUCUGGCGAGGAAGGGGACAAGGGAGAAGUGGGAGACCCAGGUCACAAAGGCAGCAAAGGCGAUAAGGGGGAUGCGGGCCCACCUGGACCAACAGGGAUACGGGGUCUUGUGGGACACCCAGGCUCCCCGGGGGCAGAUGGGGCUCAGGGACGCCGGGGACCUCCAGGCCUCUUUGGGCAGAAAGGAGAUGAUGGAGUGAGAGGCUUCAUGGGGGUGAUUGGCCCCCCUGGCCUGCAGGGGAUGCCAGGCCCUCCUGGAGAAAAGGGGGAAGUUGGAGACGUAGGGUCCAUGGGUCCCCAUGGAGCUCCAGGCCCUCGGGGUCCCCCGGGCCCCAGCGGAUCAGAGGGUCCUCCAGGGCUGCCUGGGGGAGUUGGUCAGCCUGGAGCAGUGGGCGAGAAGGUGAGAGAGAGAGAGAACCAAAGUCUGCCUGGGGGUGAGCCAGGGGAGCCUGGAGACCGGGGACCCCCAGGAAUCCCAGGCAUCCCUGGGCCCAAGGGAGAAAUUGGUGAAAAGGGGGAUGCAGGCCCAUCUGGGGCAGCUGGACCGCCGGGCAAGAAAGGCCCCCCUGGAGAAGAUGGAGCAAAAGGGAACGUGGGCCUCACAGGGCUCCCAGGAGACCUAGGCCCCCCCGGAGACCCUGGGGUUUCGGGUCAAGACGGCCCCCCAGGGGAGAAGGGAGACCCUGGAGAUGUGGGGGGACUGGGUCCACCUGGUGCUUCUGGGGAACCCGGUCCCUCUGGGCCCCCUGGCAAAAGGGGUCCUUCCGGUCGCACGGGUCGAGAAGGCAGAGAAGGGGAGAAAGGUACCAAGGGGGAACCAGGUCCCGACGGGCCCCCAGGGAGGACAGGCCCAGUGGGGACUCGAGGGCCCCCUGGGCGUGUCGGGCCUGAGGGUCUUCGAGGGAUCCCCGGCCCUGUGGGUGAAGCAGGCCUGCUGGGACCUCCUGGACAGUUGGGCCCUCCUGGCCCCCUGGGGCCCUCUGGCCUCCCAGGGCUGAAGGGAGAUGCUGGCCUCAAGGGGGAAAAGGGCCACAUCGGAUUAAUUGGUCUCGUUGGCCCCCCUGGGGAGGCUGGUGAGAAAGGGGAUCAGGGUUUGCCAGGAGUGCAAGGCCCCCCUGGCCUCCAGGGAGAACCUGGUUCCCCUGGUCCCAUCGGCUCUCUGGGCCACCCUGGACCCCGAGGUGUGGUGGGUCCUCCAGGACAGAAAGGUUCAAAGGGGUCCCCGGGAUCCCAAGGUCCCCGCGGAGACACUGGACCCCCAGGUCCCCCCGGCCCCCAGGGUCCAUCUGCGCAGCUGCACGGGCUGCGCCGGCGCCGGCGCUCGGUCCCGAGCCCGGGAGUCCCGGAGGGCGGCCUGGAGGAGGUGCUGGCCUCGAUCACGUCGCUGAGCUUCGAACUGGAGCAGCUGCGACGCCCUCCGGGCACGGCUGAGAACCCGGGCCUCGUGUGCAGCGAGUUGCACCGCAACCACCCGCAUUUGCCCGACGGGGAAUACUGGAUUGACCCCAAUCAGGGCUGCGCGCGGGAUGCGCUCAGGGUUUUCUGCAACUUCACGGCGGGAGGAGAGACCUGCCUUUACCCAGACAAGAAGUUUGAGACCGUGAAACUGGCCUCCUGGUCCAGAGAAAAGCUGGGAAGCUGGUAUAGCACAUUCCGUCGAGGGAAGAAGUUCUCCUACGUGGAUGCGGAUGGGGCCCCGGUGAGUGUGGUGCAGUUGACCUUCCUGAAGUUGCUGAGUGCCACAACCCGCCAGAGCUUCACAUACUCCUGCCAGAACUCGGCCGCCUGGCUGGACGAAGCUGCAGGAGACCAUGGCCGCUCUGUCAGUUUCCUUGGGACCAACGGGGAGGAGCUGUCCUUCAACCAGACGGCAGCAGCCACCAUCACUGUUCCCUACGACGGCUGCAGGCUACGGAAGGGACAGACGAAGACCCUCUUCCAGUUCAGCUCUUCCCGAGUGGGAUUUCUGCCCUUAUGGGAUGUGGCGUCCGCUGACUUUGGCCAGACGAACCAGAAAUUUGGGUUUGAACUGGGCCCUGUCUGCUUUAGCAGCUGAGAGCUUCAUGGGUGGGAGGGAAAAUGAGGGAGCCCCAGAUGGGGCACAUUUGGUGCUGAGGCUUUGAAGCCAUCACAUUUAUCGUCUCCUGGGACUGUGGAGCCAGGAGACAGUCUGCUCAUCACCGUCAAACAGUAUUCCUUCUCCAUUCCGGGGGUCUGGAGGCUGGACUCCCCUGGCCCAUGAGUCCCAUUUCCCUGCACUUCACCCCGGCUGGCAUAACUGUAGUCUGGCUCUGUCUCCCCUUCAUGCUCACCCGAUGCUCAACUCCCUCCCCUGACCCCCAUGCAAUGGACUUCUAACUCAGAGCUGAUGAAUGCCCCCCAUGCCUGCCUCGCACCCCUCAGUCAGUGCUCUCAACACCCUUUGGUGCUACCUUCCGCAUAGUUAAGCACUGGAUGUCUCCUGAUCCCAGGCUGGGACCUCUUCACUCAUUCCUAUUUUCAGGUGGGUUCACAGUGAAUGGACUGAAGUCAGACGACAGAGGGAAGUGGGAUUUCCCUGGGCUGAGCUGUGUGUUCCUUCUGUUGCCUCAGCCCCGCUAGCUCUGAAUACUGCUUCCCCCCAUAUCUCCCCAAAUGCACCUUGCCAUGCCAGAUGGUUUGGGGACCAGGAUGGUGGAGGGUAAAUCAGGAUCCUAAUGGUGCUGCCCUAUUUAUACCUGGGUCUGUAUUAAAAGGGAAAACCCCCUCUGUUGUAUAUUUAAUCUGCUUCUUCCUUAGGGAGGGCUGGGAUAUGAUGAGAGAGAUUCUAGCAUGAUCCCCAAGUCCACCCCCCACCCCGCCCCAGGCCAUAGGGCAUAAUUGGCUUCUCAAGUCUGAGAAUAAACCAGUGAACUGUG